CGAGAAGCGGGGCGGGGGCGGGGGCGGGGGAGCGGGCUCGCGCGCACGUGGCCGCGCGCUCCCGAUCAGCGCGGGCACCAUUGGCGCCGCCCCUUCGCUUGCCUCUCUGCCUUCUCCUCCCGGCGCUUCCCGCACAAGACGCGAGGAAGAGGAUGCCGAGCGCCGACGCCAGCCUGACCCCGCAGGUGCACUGGGCGCAGCGGCACCACCAGCUCUACCUGCGCGUGGAGCUCAGCGACGUCCAGGAUCCUGACAUCACAAUUACAGACAAUGUGCUCCAUUUCAAAGCUCAAGGCCAUGGAGCCAAGGGAGACAACGUGUAUGAAUUUCAAAUUGAGUUCCUGGCACCAGUGGACCCGAAGCCAGCCUAUAAAAUGACACAGAGGCAGCUGAACAUCACCGUAAUGAAGAAGGAGAGCCAGUGGUGGGAACGGCUGACGAAGCAGGAGAAGCGGCCGCUGUUCCUUGCUCCAGACUUUGAUCGUUGGUUGGAUGAGUCGGAUGCUGAGAUGGAGCUGAAAGCCAAAGAGGAAGAAAGGGUUAACAAAAUCAGCAUAGAGAACCGCAUCCCCAAAGACCCUUUCCGGCACCUGAAGAGAGGCUACCUCUUCAUGUACAACCUUGUGCAGUUCCUGGGCUACUCAUGGAUUUUCGUGAACAUGACCGUUCGGCUCUUCAUGCUGGGGAAAGACUCUUUCUUCGAUACUUUCCACACAAUGGCAGACAUGAUGUACUUCUGCCAGACGCUGUCUCUCAUUGAGAUUGUGAACACACUGAUUGGUCUGGUUCGGGCUCCUUUCAUGCCUGUCAUCCUCCAGGUCUUUGGGAGAAACUUUGUGUUGUUAAUUGUCCUUGGAGGUGUGGAAGAAAUGCAGAGCAAAGCUGUCGUCUUCUUCAUCUUCUAUAUUUGGAGCAUGGUGGAGAUCUUCAGGUAUCCGUUCUACAUGCUCUCGUGCCUCGAUAUAGAAUGGAAGAUCCUGACCUGGAUUCGAUACAGCAUCUGGAUGCCCCUCUACCCUCUGGGGAUCUUAGCAGAAGCUGUCUCCAUCAUUCAGGCUAUUCCCAUCUUCAGCAGCACCGGGAGAUUUAGCUUCAUGCUGCCCUACCCGCUGAACAUCACCAUUCCCUUCUCCCUUUUUCUCCAGUUCUACCUUGUCUUCUUGUUUCUAGGGCCGUUUGUGAAUUUCCGCUACCUCUACAAGCAACGGAAGAGACACCUUGGACCCAAAAAGAGGAAAAUGCACUAGGCCGGAGCCUGGAAUGGUUCCUUUCUCUUCUUCUUCUAAUCUACCUUGAAGGCAGGGUUAGGGCUCUCUCCUAACGGUUUUACUUACCCUGUUGAUCUGAAAAACCAGUUUUGUACAGUUAUAGCCAACAUGCAUCUCCCCUCCCACACAAAGAUGGAUCCAGGUGACAUUCCCCACCUCCCAGUUAGGUCCAGCGACUCUUUGGUCAACCUGAAAGGCUGAGCCAAUAGUCGUAGCCCUUGUGUCCUGUGCUACCUGCAAAUAAAAGUGACCCCCCUUGGUGGGAACACAACUCCUUGCCAUCCAGGAGCUGAGCAGUGUUUGCCUGGCUAAGUCCACAGGUGGAGGCAAGAGCUUCUCCACACAGAAAAUUAUUUAUUUUUAUGGGUUUUCCCAGUAUCAAAACCUUUGGAAUGGUCCCAGAGCAGGGAAGCUAGCUGGUCACUGCUUGUUGCUGAGGCUCCCAAGCCAAAGUCCUGAGCAGGGUGGUAACCUUAAGCACCCCUUCCUCUAGCCAAAAAUGGUGUGCUGGUGGUUUUUUGAGGCCUGCCUCUCUUUCCUUCUCUCUGCAGUGGAGAUGGUAAGUCAGAGGCCCCCCUUCUCCCUCAGAAUUGCUACUGGCAUGCCCUUACUAUGCACAUCAGGAGUGGGGCACCUGUGACCCUCUAGAUAGGUGUUUCCCGAACUUGGGUCUCCAGCUGUCAUUGGACUACAACUCCCAUCAUCCCUCGCUAGCAGGACCAUUGACACCCAAACACUGCUCCAAAUGUUGCUGGACUGCAACUCCAACUAAUUCUGAGUUGGACAUGCAGGCAGGGACCAAUGGGAAUUGGGAGUCCCAACAUCUGGAGGACCACAGCUUCCCCACCCCUGGAUUCAUUCUUUUCUUACGUCUGUAUUCUAAACCGCUUGAUGUGGAAGGACAUCCUGUUGAUUCAGAACUUCUGCAGAAAGACACCUGUUGUUUCUAGAGUUGGCUUGAUGGGACCUCCUCCAGCUCACCACCCAAUAUCACAAUUCUGUUUCUGGUGCAAGAAGGCUUUUGGGUGGCUCCACUAGACGUGCUUUGUCUUUGACGGGUCUAGGAAAGGCACCAUCCUGCCUUUAGAAUUGGGUUGGGGGGAGAAGCACUAUUUAUCCACCAGACUGGGCACAGGCACCCUCCUCAGGGCCAAUUUGGAGGUGACACUUUCACCUUAAUUUACUCCAGGAGGGUAAAUGGUGGGGUUUGGGGGACCCAAGUCCUGAUCUGCCAGUAGUGACACUGACUUUCAACCAUAGCACACAGGGCACCUUACUUAGCCCUUUCCAUUGCUGUCCCAUCUGUUAAAAUUACAGUCUAGGGUGCAGGCACUUUUGUCAUGAAAUCUGUAUUUGCUGGUCUUUCGGGAGGCAAAUAGAAUGUGUAUUUCUAAUAAUAAAUAUUUAAAAACGUC